GUUCACGGCGACCUAAACUUGCGAUCUCCGGUUCGUUCAGGUCGAUUGUUCUUGUUGUUGGUUGAUGCUGUUUGUGAGUUGUGAGUAGCCACGGAGCAGCAGCAGCAGCAGAAAAAAAAAACGCGAUCCCCAAGCCCAGGACAGACCAAACUGCAACGGGGUCCAUUCGGAUUCGAUUUGACUAUCGGGUGCCUACCUAUUCGACGUGUGGCGCGACUUUCGAUUGGUUGUCGUUGUUGUGUGAGCGUCUACCUUCGCUAAAAAGAAGAAGGCCGAAGAGCAUCCCCGCGUGAAAUCCGCUGUGUGACCGAAUCUUGCUGGCAGGUUGCGCGCAAAACAUCCCACACGUCACCCCUCUUUUUUUUUAUCUGCCUUGUUGUUUGAGACGCCUGUGGACAUCAUCAGCCGCGGUGUGGAUCUUCGGGGUGGUUUUUCCGCGUCGCGUUGCGUGUUAAUUUGGUUACGAUUGUUGGCAUUUUGUUUUAUCAUUUUUUUUAUCGGUGAUCUGUGUAGUACAGUGAAGACAAAUAUUGUUCGAAGCACUUUCAGUGGCGUCUUUUUUUAAUCCGGUGAGCGAAAGGCGCUCGAAAAAGUAAUUGUCAAGUGUGUUAAGUUGCGGAUUGAAUGUCCCUGAAGAGAAAAGUGAAUCUCGAAUCACGUGUGGUGACCUCGAGCUCCCUGCAAUAAAACCAAGUGGCAGUUACGCAAAGAAGGGAAAAAUUAUCGAAAAAUUCAGUAACAAUUACGAGUUCGAGUCAAGCAUUCGGCCAGACGACGCACACUUCUCAGAUCAGCAUCCACAAAAUGGCUCGACUACUGGUUCUGCUGCUAUGCAUUUCCAUGACGACCACUCAGAAGCCAAGCAGUUUCAACUUCAAAGAGAAAGAUGUGGACCCCCAGUUACAGGAAAUCCAACGGCAGAAUCAAAUCACUCAGAAGAUUCUGCAGCGCUACCUAGAACGACGGUUACACCCAAACCGGAAACCCCAGAUCCGGGUGCCGUCGGUUGAUGAAAUUCUAGCCAAAUCGCUGGCUUCCGGUUCGAUCCGGGAUACCCGGCAGCAAAACCAAACGCUACUGUCCGGAGGUGGCGGCGGACAGUCCAGCAAUUCGUUUCUCAAGGGUUCAGCCGGAAGUCGGUACAGUUUGUUUAGCGAUUACAACAGCCGACAGUACGAUCGAGACCUGGAGGGUGAAGAUGGGCUGGAUGGGGAGCAGCAGGAGCAAGGGGAUCGAUCUCGACAGCAAGAUGACUACGAUAUGAUGAGCGAUCAGGAUCUGGACCAGUAUGAUGAUCUGGGUGCGUCGUUAGACAAUGAUCACAUUGAUAUCGAAUCGCUUCAGUCAGGUGAAUCGGAGCAUGUCGAUUCGUUCUAUCGGGAGAAGGCUUACCGGCAGAGAGCUUCUCAGCUCUCAGAGGACUACGGAACGUUGCUGAGGAGGACGGCUCUCGACGAAGAUUUUGUAGAUGAUCCGGAGGUGAGCAUUUUGAGCGAGAUCACAAACGAGGUGCGCCGGCUGACCGCAGCUGAGAAGAACUCCGGCAAGGGUCGGGAGAGUUCAGAUUUGGCCGAUCAGAUCCGACCGACGAAAACGAUUCGCGCCAAACGACAGGCCAUUAAUAAUCGCACCAACCGGAGAAGUAGAAUUACCCAACGCAAUGAACCGUCCAUUACGAAUAGGAUCGAUUCGAGGUACUAUCUGUCGGAUGACUACAUCGAUUACGUGACGACUCCGAGAUUGAGCAACAAUCUGCGCGAUAACUACGAUAACUAUAGGCUGCUGUCCAAGAGUCGGGUGUCGGUAAAUGAUAUUAGAACAACAAGGCCGAGAACUCAGACCCAGAGCACUCUGAAUCGUAACACGGCCCGAUCGCGCAAUACUUUGAAAUCGCUAGCUUACAAGCCUAACAAUUACAAUGCCAACACGAGAAGACCCUCGUUUACUCUUUCGGCAACCUAUGGCCUGAACAAUAAGACACCGACCCGAAGCAACGGUCGUCGUCGUGCUAAUACUCGUGGAUCCUAUCAGAAGGAGGAAGAUCAGCGAGUUAAUAGAUUCGGCUACACAAGUGCUCGCGAAGAUUGGCGCAAGAAGACUGUUACCCUUGGCAGCAGUAGUAUUCAGCCAAGUACUCCGGCUCUUACUGUGACCUUCCACCUUCCAACUGACAGCACUGUAUCCGUUAUCGCAAACUCCAAAACCGAGAUUAGCCUGAUCAAAACCACAACCACUAGUAUUGAGGAAAUCUGCACCUCAUGUUUCUCAUUGACCCAAGGCCCCAAUGGCCAACCCGUCAACGUUCUGAACAAAGAAAUCACCUCCUUCAAUAGAGAUGGACUCGUAGAAGUUACGAAAUUCAUCUUAAGUUCGACCCCAACGACCACGAUAUCUGUUUCACAAAACACUUUCCGUGGACGAUCAACGGCUUACUCGGCUACAAUCACCACGACCAUCUACGAAGCCACUCCCUUCGUUCAAACCAAGGGAAACAAUCAGAACAGUGCAGUCCUUUCGAACGCUCCUCUAGCCAACAUCCUCCUAUCCCAACUCCUAUUAGGAAACCUUGGAGUCGGUGCCGAACCCAACUUCGCCCCCAUCAAAACCGAGUUCAUCCAAGACCCCAACCGAUAUUCGGUGAUCCUCACCACGACCACUGAACUUAAAACACAAGUCAAAGAAGUCGUCACCACCGUUACCCAAACGAAAUCAAUCGUGCUGCCAGUUACUUUCCAAGGCCGAGAAAUCCUAACCACAAUCUACGACACAGAUGUUGCUCCAACAGUCCUUACAUCCUACAUCACCGAAACUCUUACCGUUCCAACGGUUUCAACCAUCCGAAUUCAGCAAUCAACCGAUGAUCUAUCAAACAAACUCAGCCUUCUCCUCCCGCUCCUAGAAGAGCGGCAACGUCAAAAUCAGCUCCUGUCGGCAGCAGCGAUAGCUGCAGAACCUGUUCCGGUGCUACCAAUCGUUUCGACGGCUCCGCCUUCGGCCUCCAGUAUCCUGUCCAGUGCUUCCGUGUCCAAGGUGUACGUUUCAGGGCAGCAUCCGGGCGAAUUCAGUGUGUCCUUCACCACCAUCCUGAAUUCGUAGAUUGGGGCGUAGAUCACUGGGCGCGAGUCAUUUUCUAGGAUAACAAAAACCCUUUUUUAACUAAAAAAACGAGCCCUCAGUUUAGUAGCAGAAACUGAAAAAUUUCAAAUUUAGUCAAACACACCACAUAGUUGUGACCUCGGUAUUGUGCUAGGAUGACUGUAUCAACAAACUGAGUCGAUUUGGGGUCGUUGGGGACUUUAAUUCGAAUCUCAUCUAUGAUUUUUAAGAGAGUUUUGAAGUAACGUUUAGGUAUAUGAGUAAAUUUUCACUUUAAGGUUUGUAUGAGAGAAUUAAAUAUUUUUCCCUGAAAAAUCGACAACACUUUUCUUUUUUUUUUGUGGAAUUUUUUGUGAACGUUAUUUUUACCGAAUUACCAACCCUUUAAAGGAAAAUUUCCAUUUAUGGAAGGCCGUAGCUUUUAUCUUACAAGACAAAUAGUUUAUAACUGUCGAAUAGGAGUAUGUUUUUUGGCAAUGAAAAACAAUCAAUUUAACUGACAUCACUGCUGGUGCCAAGCGAAGUAUUGAAUGCUUAGUGAUACCUCACACCUCACUAGGCAGUAGCAGUGAUGUCAGUUGAUUUGAUUGUAUUUCAAUGGCAAAAGACAAUCCCCUAAUCAAAAUUUUAUAUUUUUUUCAUGUUAGAUACUAAAUUACGGUAUUGAACAAAGUUGUCAGCGGAAAAUGUCCUUCAAGGAUAUUAAAAAAAGGCACAAAAAACGUUUACAGGCAUGGUUACUCAGAAAAAUAGGUAGAAUACGUACACGUUAGUUUAAAUCACUGCCAAAAAUCAUGGACCGAAACAAAAUUGUUUACAUCACAGGGUUUAAGAAAUUCAAAAUAACCUCAAAUCGACUAAGUUUACUGUUUCACCAUGAAGUUUGUAUUCAGAAUCAAUCCUUAUUUGAAAAAAAAGAUUUUUUUUAUAGAAAAUUAUUGGCAUUGGCUCUGAUUUAUUUCUGAACUCUGACUCUGAAAUUUUUUACAAACAC